AUGGAGCCCUUCCUCAGGAAGCGGCUGACCUUCCUGUCCUUCUUCUGGGACAAGGUCUGGCCUGUGGGUGAGCCGGACGGCAGCAUCCCUGGGCCUCCGGAUCCCGCUGCCGAUGCAGGGCCAGAGCCCCCUGCCGCUGUGGAGCCCUGUGGCCCCCCGGCGCCGGGCGCACGGCUCUAUCGCGUGCUGCACGACUUCACGGCACGGAGCGCGGAGGAGCUGAGCGUCAGCUGCGGGGAGAGGCUCUACGCCCUCAGGGAGGAGGGGCCCUACAUCUUUGCCCGCAGGCUCUCGGGCGGGCACAGUGCCGGGCUCGUGCCCAUCACCUGCAUCGCCAAGGCCACCCCAGAGACGCUCACAGACCAACUCUGGUUCUUCGGCGACACCAGCCGGACGCAGGCCCAGCAGAUGCUCCUCUCCCCCGACAACGCGCCCGGGGCCUUCCUGGUCCGGCCCAGCGAGAGCAGCCUGGGGGGCUACUCGCUGUCAGUCCGGGCCCAGGCCAAAGUCUGCCACUACCGCAUCUCCACGGCAGCCGACGGCAGCCUCUACCUGCAGAAGGGCCGGCUCUUCCCCAGCCUGGAGGCGCUGCUUGCCUACUACAAGGCCAACUGGAAGCUGAUCCAGCAUCCACUGCUGCAGCCCUGCGUGCUCCAGAAGCCCCCGGAGCAGGACGAGUGGGAGAGGCCACGCUCGGAGUUCGCCCUCCGGAGGAAGCUGGGCAAAGGCUACUUCGGGGAGGUGUGGGAAGGCCUGUGGCAGGGCUCCAUGCCCGUGGCCGUCAAGGUCAUCAGAUCAGCCGACGUGAAGCUGGCCGACCUCGCCAAGGAGAUCGAGACGCUGAAGAGCCUGAGGCACGAGCGGCUCAUCCGGCUGCACGCGGUGUGCUCCGCCGGGGAGCCCGUGUACAUCGUCACCGAGCUCAUGCGCAAGGGGAACCUGCAGGCCUUCCUGGGCAGCCCUGAGGGCCAGGCCCUGAGCCCGCCCCUGCUGUUGAGCUUCGCCCGCCAGGUGGCCGAGGGCAUGAGCUACCUGGAGCAGCAGCGCAUUGUGCACCGGGACCUGGCCGCCAGGAACGUGCUCGUGGACGAUGGCCUUGCCUGCAAGGUGGCCGACUUCGGCCUGGCCCGGCUGCUCAAAGACGACGUCUACUCCCCGAGCAGCGGCUCCAAGAUCCCCAUCAAGUGGACGGCGCCCGAGGCGGCCACUUACCGCGUCUUCUCCCAGAAGUCGGACGUCUGGUCCUUCGGUGUCCUGCUGUACGAGGUCUUUACCUACGGCCAGUGUCCCUACGAGGGAAUGACCAACCACGAGACGCUGCAGCAGAUCAUGCGAGGAUACCGCCUGCCGCGUCCGGCCGCCUGCCCGGCCGAGGUCUACGUGCUCAUGCUGGAGUGCUGGAGGGGCAGCCCGGAGGAGCGGCCUGCCUUCGCGGCGCUGCAGGAGAAGCUGCAUGCCCUCCACCGGCGCCUCCCCCUUGCCCCGACAUGA